AUGACUAGGCUCCUCACGGUCUUUGGAGCUACGGGCCAGCAAGGUGGUGCUCUGGUCAACCACGUGCUCAAUACACCAGCACUCUCAUCCUUCUUCCAGCUGAGAGCAGUGUCCAGAGAUGCCUCUAAGCCCGCAGCAGUUGCUCUCAGACGUCAAGGUGUCGACUUAGUGGAGGCGAACCUGGACGACCCGGCAUCAUUGAAAAAGGCAGUUGCCGGUGCACAGGUGGUGUUUGCAGUAACGAAUUACUGGGAAGAGCCUGGCGUUGAGAGAGAGAUUCGCCAAGGCAAGGCCAUCGCCGAUGCCUGCGUCGCCGCUGGGGUUGACCAAAUCAUUUGGUCUUCGCUACCCAGCAUUUCUAAGAUUUCUGGUGGCCGGAUUGAUGUGGUUCGGCACUUUGAAAGCAAGGCUGUGGUUGAGGAAUACAUUCGGGGUCUCGAAAUCAUGAGCACCUUCUAUAUGGCCGGCUGGUUCAUGCAGAAUUACGCGCAGGUCCCAGCACUUCUACCUGUUAGCGACGGGACCUAUUAUAUCUUUAGCCAGCCCUGGUCACCAUCGACUCAACUGCCCCUUAUCGAUAUCCGCGACACUGGCAAAUUCUUAGCCCCUGCACUUCUUGAUCCGGCAGUAUUCCAUGGCAAGAAUCUUGCUUGCGCGACCGCAUACUAUAGCAUGAAUGAAAUGGCGGCCGCCUGGACUAGAGUGAAGGGAACAGAAGUUGUUUACAAACAACUUGGUGCAGACGAGCCCCUUCCUGGCUUCCCCGAAGAGCUGGCUCAUAAUUUCAAAGAAGGGCUUGCUUUCGUAGAAGAGGUUGGGUAUUUUGGACCCGCAGGGCCAACAGAUGUGGUUUGGACUCUUGAGCAACUACAUGGGGUUCCAGGCAGCCAUUCGCUAGGCACUUGGGAGGACUUUCUGCGAGAGAAUAGCCUCUAG